AUGCGCUCUCUCGUCGGACUAUUCGCCGUUGUCACUGCUGCCAGCCUUUAUCUUUAUUCACUGUCCCUGUAUCUUCCCGCUGGACCGCGAAGACGUCCUCGGUUGGGUUCGGAGAUUGAACAUGUGGAAGCGGCAGAGUCCGAGCGCCUCAGCGACAUUUCUGAGGAACCCAGCAGGUUGAAGUUCCCUUCAGACUUGGCUGAGCUGAGGGAACUUGCUGAGCUCCUGCAGUUUUACAAAACAGAGCACACUGGAUAUGUCCUGCUCCUGUUCUGCAGUGCGUAUCUCUACAAGCAGUCCUUUGCCAUUCCCGGAUCAUCUUUUUUGAACAUUCUUGCAGGAGCUAUCUUUGGACCCUACGAGGGACUGUUUCUUGCAUGCGUGCUCACAACAGUGGGCUCCACCAUGUGCUACCUCCUGUCCCAAGGCUUUGGAAAGCAGUACAUUGUCAAUUUCUUCCCAGAAAAAGUCUCAAUGCUACAGAAAAAGGUGGAAGAGAACGAGGACUGUUUGUUCUUCUUCCUGCUCUUCCUUAGGUUCUUUCCCAUGACUCCCAACUGGUUUCUGAAUAUGUCAGCCCCUAUCGUUAACAUCCCCAUCACUUUCUUCUCCUGCUCAGUCUUUAUUGGCCUCCUGCCAUACAACUUCAUCUGUGUGCAGACGGGCGUGAUGCUGUCGGAGGUGUCUUCUCUGGAUGACCUGUUCUCCUGGGCCCGGCUGCUGCAGCUGCUGACCAUCGCCUGCGUGGCUCUGCUGCCCGGCGCCCUCAUCCGCCACUUCAGCCACCGCCGCCUCAAAGUGGACACCCAGCAUCACAACGGAAGCGUCGCACACAAGAAAGUCCAGUGA